GUUUUCAGAUUGCCAGAAUCGAGAAACUUUCCAAAAUGAUCGACAUCGAUUCAAAGGCACAUCAGAGAAAUUUUUUAUUGUCGACUUUCAUCAAUAUGUCUCUGGAUGUCGCUAACCUAGUUUUGGAAAAGAUGGAGCCUAUGGAUCUACUGAGAGCGAGAAAAGUUUGUCGCAGUUUGAGAAUUGCCGUCGAUAAAAUUGGAUUUCAUUUCGGUUACAUCAAUUUGUCCUUGAUGAAAAAUGAAGUCGAAAUGAAAUUGAGUGGAACUAAAAUCAGAUAUAUUACUGCUGCAAAUGGUAAUACGAAUGUAAUUCACAAUGAACAGACAAAGUUGAUUGAUGGAGAAAAUUUUGUGGAAAGAGCGUUUAAGGAUUUGAUGAUAGUGUCGGAGCACGCACUGAAAAUCAUAAUUAGAAAUUCGAAAGAUAGCGACAUUGUUACAACUUUCAAUAAGCUUUUGAAAUCCGAAACAUGUGUACCCGUAAAGGAAAUAAGACUUUUGUAUUUCUCCUUUGAUGAAGUCAUCACGAUUCUUCCAUGUUUUGAUGCAAAAGGGCUCAAAAUGAUGGCCUUGGAAUAUGUUGCGUCAAAUGACCAAUUCGAACAAAUAACCCAUUUGGAGCAAUGGAAAAAGGCAGAAAAUGUUGAGCUUUCGAUGUCUGUUAUUGCCAGUACAGUGAUUCUUAACUCGUUUCAUUUCAAAAGUUUCAUUAUUCAUCAGGUUGACGAAUUUUCAGCACAGACCGCAAUACAAAUAAGAGAUGAUCUUUUGAGAAGAAGUACAUUCCAAAGUUGCGAGAUACAUUUUGACAAAUCAGAGACAAAUCCGAUUGAAAUUGCAAAAGUAUUCAAACCGGACUAUGCAGGCGGCAAUGACUUCAAAAUUGAAUUUUUAAAUGGUAACGACAAGUUUGAUAUAUGGCUUGAAGAGUACCUAUACAAUUAUUGUUUAAAUGUGAAAAGAUUUUUAAAAUAGCUUUCAGUUGAACUGUAAGUGAAGAAGUCGGAACAAGUUUUUUCCCGAGAUUUUUAUUUAAUUUUUGUUUUUUUUUUUCAAUUAAUGAAACCCAUUUUAUUAAUGUUUAUCGUUCUAUGUUUUUGAUCAAGUUAAAAAACAGCUCAAAGGCAUUUGUGUUCCUCUUUUGUUGUCUCUUUGGGUUAUUUUUUAAAUGACAAUUUUUUGUGAUUGUUUGAUAGUUUUGAGUAGAGUUUACUGUAUCAUUUGAAAGUGUUAGAAAUAUACCGAAUGAAUAAAAAUUGAUGAUAUACAACACAAUAAUUAA